CCAUACCCGGAACCCCGGGAGAAGAGGGACGUUCAGUUUGUUUACACCGCAGGACGAAAGCUUAUCUUCUGAACAUCUGAAGACAUACACAAUGGAUGGAUAUAGCUGACUUAUACUCUGUAGAUAUUUCAGAUUGAUGGCUGCACAUCUUGUUUCCAUGAUCUUGCUCACAUCCUAAGUACAUUCACCUGGACAAGCAGCAAAAUGUCUCAGCCACAGCCACUGAUCCAGCUCCAACAAUCUACAGAUCCACUGCCGAACGUCCAGGAGAUGCAGUUCUGGCUGGACAAAGCAGUGGCUUGGGGCCAGGCAGACAGCGCAGACACUCAGAAAGACACCUGCCUGCACUUGAGCAGGCUGAAGGAUUUCCUCCAGCAACUCCUCACACAUAUCAACAACAUGGGCUCCACAACAGAGACCAUGAAGAAGCUGCCCCUCCUAGGGCAGUUUAUUGGCCGACUCUGCUGGAACCCAUAUGUCACUGCUGAUGCUACAGGCAGAGGGCUGUUGUUCCAGUGUCUGUGGGGACUGUACUCGGAGCAUCCAGGCGAUGCUGUGGAAAGAAAAGCCAACCAGUGGAUACGGAAAGUGCUGUGUCAGCUUGCUACAGAAGAAGACGAUGAUGCAGCUCAGACAUUAAUGAAGCAACUGGGUGUACCACUUAAAGAGUACCAUCUCAAAGUUCUUAGAAAGAUGGUGGCACUGCUGCAGGAAAACAUAGGAAAAGGUUGCGGCUCCUUGGGUGAAAUAAAUCAGAGGUGUUCAUGUGACAACAUUCUGGUCACAUCAGAGGCUUGUGUCCCUCUGGUCACUUGUCCCGAGGCUGCUCCUCUCAUUGGUGCACUGCUGCAGCAGGCAGUGCCUUGUGUCAGGGCGGCACUAAGUGAAGACUUUCUGGAUGCUCUGAGCUCAGCCUACUCCAGCCAUUGCUUGUCAUUGGAGGAGCAGGCAGUAGUCUCUCUGUGGUAUCACAACCUGCCCAGCCUGGAGGAGGCCGUGCUCAGUCUGCUGGAGUCGGUUCUCACCAACACAGGGUCAACGCCACAGACGAUAAAGCAGCAACUGGCACAGUCACUGUUGCCUAAAGCCUGUGCUCAGCACUGCUCUAUGUUCCUGGUUGUAAACGACAUCUUCAGGUCCAUCCUUAAGCAAGCUGAAGGGAAUGAGUCUGUUAAGUAUCUCAUCCAAACCUUUACAAGCUGUUUCCUCAGGGAACUUGCACUGCUGCAGCAUCAGACGAGUGUCUCUUUGAAGGCCUUGUUCCCACAGUCACCUCAGAGUCUGCUGACUCCUCUCUUGACCCUGUCAUCAGAGAUGCCUCGGGAGGCUUGGAGACAUCACCUGAACUGGCUGAGCGGCUCAUUACAGAAACUGACAGAGGAGGAAGAUGAGGGAAGCGGAGACAGCAGCAGCAGCAGCAGCAGGGGGCUCCACAAAGUGUUUGAGGCCUGGUUCCUGCUGGUUCAGUGUGCCCACUGGGUGCAGGUGGCAGUCAACUUGCUGGUGACAUCAGGGUCUGAGGACUGUGGCGCCCUCCUGUGGCUGCUGACCUUCUACCACCACCCCACCAAUAGGGGGCACCACAGAGCACAACAGCUGGUACAUGCCAAAGAAGCAUGGACCCACACUCACUCCCUGUUCAUGGUCGCAGCUCGUCCUGUCCCUGUGGACCACCUGCAGUCUUUGGUCACUCUGCUGUCAUCAAGACCUCAGCAACCAUCACCGUCUCCAUUAUUGAUCCUCAGCCUCUUAGCCAACUUCGCUGUUUUCUCCCAACACCCACUGAGCAGAUCAACAGAGAUUUUACAGACGGUGGUGGGUCGGUCUGGUCUGGUUGAUGAAGCAGCGUGUGUUCUCAGCUCACUGGAGCUCAGACUGAGUGAAGGAAGCUGCUUAUCAAGCGACGAUAACAGAGUUCAUCUGAGGAUCGAGGCACUUCAAAACACACUAACACAUAUGCAUUCAGCACAGAGCCCUGCUGAGAACCAAGCGCCCACACACACACACACACACUCUAGAGCAGGUGAGGGCGCAUACACACACACACAUUAAUGCACAGAACCACACAGCAGUGAGUUCAUCCUCAGCUUGGGGUUUUUUCAGCACACCUUUGCAGAAUGACAAAUAGCCACAUUCUUGUGUAGAUAUGCUGCGGUUGCGAUGACAGCAGUGUGUCAAAACAGCACAGCAAGGACAGAUUAUGCGGAGAGGCUACAAUUAUACGCACACACACAUAACACAACUACAAGGCCCACAAGGACACUUGAGCAGUGACAGAUCACACUGCAAAGAAGGAGCAGCUCGUACAACGUGUCCGAGUCCCCCCACUCAUAUAAUUGUCUCACAACAUAAAUCCUUCACGGUAUACACGCUGAUUAAAAGACAUUUAGGUUUUGAGGACAGGAAAACCACACGCCAGUUAUCUUUAGACAAAUAUUGUUUGUAUUUAAAUAUUUUUAUAUGAAAAACAAAUUGACACAGUACUGAAUAUACAAUAAAAUGUAAAUAAUUUAAUGUAAUGUCUUUCUCUGCGUGCAUUUUCUAUCACUGCAUUAUUUAUUAAGAUGGAAAAUAGCUCUCUGUCCUUUUGUGUUUGAUUCAUAAUUUUAAAUGCAGACAUUUAAAAUUACCACUGGAGCCAGACAUUUGAGAAUACUAUGCUUGUGCUUCUACAUCACAUGCUUUAUGACUACUGAUUGACUGUUGUCGAAGCUGGACAGACAUGUAAACAAAUGCAUUUUGUAUAUUUACAUUUCUUGUGCCGUCUAAGCAAAAUGACUCACUGUCUGGCGUCAUGCUGGAUGAUUGAUGUUUUGGUUUCAAUUUGGUACAAGAUGUACUUGUAAUGUGUGAUUUGUGUGCGUAUUUCUUUUCCACUAUUACAAGCAAAAAGUGGGUGAAAGAUUGUAGUAAUUACUGGAGUUCUUUUGUAGCAGAUGAGGUCAUAUUAAUAAAGAUCAGUUUAAUGCUUUUGCUAUGCAAUUUAGCUAAAUAAGUAUGUCAUAUCAUGGAUGCUACCACUUUCUUUUGUGUUUAACAUAAGAUUGGAUUGUAAUAAGUUGGUCAGGUAAAGUGGACUGCUGUCACCUUUCUAACAAGAAAGGAUCAGUCAAAUAGAUCUCUCUUUAUUUGACAAGAAUAGAAAGCUGGUGUUAUUGCAGUCAAUGCAACAAACACUGUAGUGUAGUAUCACACAGUAAUACAUUGUUUGUGCAGGAACCCAUGUUUAAUACAGAAAUCUAACAUCCAAUUUUCUUUACUGGAUUAGUGAAUAGAAAAGUAUACUUGGAUUUCACUAAGACAUAUAACACACAUG